AUGAAUAUACCCAAGCAUCCUGAUCCAAGCUUUUUGGGAUUGCAUCCAUUUGGGAAGGCAUCAUACCUGCCCCUACCCUGCGCCAACCAGCAUGCUCUUCCACCGUCAUUUGACCUGGCCAACAGCACUGCUGGCUCAUGUCGCAGCUUUGCAGUUGUUGAGUACUAUUUGGAGGCUACAAUGACGACUCCUGACUCCUCCAAGUUCGCCAUGGCUCGGUUGCCAGUUCAGCUUCGAUGUGAAUCAUCUCCUUUCCCGAUAACUGAUUUCGAUGUCAAUCUACAUUCCCGACAUCCUUACACGGUUACCUCUCCUCGUCUGACUCCUACUGUGGAAACUGCCAGAAUUUCCACAAGACAGCAGAUCGCUAAGCUCCUAGGUGUUUCUGGAGCUCCUCGUCUUACAUUCUGCCUAGAAACCAGCAUAGCUUCGGUUCUUCAAAAAGGCAGCCCGUAUCCCAUUCCAUUCGAGAUACGGGCUAUGCCGCAAUGGGCGGAUACGAACGAAUGCAUUGCAGGCGUGCCCCAGACUGUUAACGUAAACAGUUUCGCUCUUGCUAUCCGAUCGACGACGAGUAUUAUAGCCUUCGCCACAGGCACCGUGGGGGCGGCUACAGUCGUGCGCGAAGAGCACUUCAAGACAAAGACUAUUUUGGCAGAAUAUUCAACGCCAAAGAAGUCAAAGCAGAGAAAUGACGGAAUUCAAUGUGAAGCUCAAUUCGAAGCAACUCCUUUCGACAAGCAUUCAUCAUCUUAUGGCAGACCUUUGACCUUACCGAUUGACGACAAGUCGAGUCCUCUAAAUUUAGGACACGAGCUCAAUCUGAAACUCCAGCAUGAUCAAUUCCAGUUUCACGAAGUUCCGACAUUCAUCACUUAUAAUAUCAAGCGAACGUACGAGCUAAAAUGGAAGAUGGUUCUCGAAGUGGGCGGAGAGAUACUCAAGGUCAAAGGCAAGCAUCCAGUCUUGAUCAUGGAGAAGUCUGAUUAG